AUGGCGAAGACGCAUACCCCCCGUUGCAUUGUGAUCCGUCACGGACAGACUGAAUGGUCAAAAUCAGGUCAAUACACAGGCUUGACAGACCUUCCGCUGACCGAAUAUGGUGUCGGCCAGAUGCGGCGCACUGGUGCUGCGAUAUUUAGCGCAAAAUACAUUGAUCCUGCGCACAUAACAUACGUAUUUACUUCUCCACGCCAACGCGCGCGGAAGACUGUGGACCUGGUUUUGGAAAGCCUCAGUGAAGAUGAACGUGCACGCAUCCAGGUGGUGGUCGACGAGGACCUACGGGAGUGGGAGUACGGUGACUACGAAGGUCUGCUGACAAGCCAGAUUAUCGAAUUGCGUCGUAGCCGUGGCUUGGACUGCAAGCGCCCAUGGAAUAUAUGGCGCGACGGCUGCGAGAACGGCGAGAGCACCCAGCAGGUGGGCCUGAGGCUAUCACGAGUGAUUGCCCGGAUCCAGGCAUUACACCGGCAGCACCAAGCUGAGGGACGGCCGAGCGAUAUUCUGGUGUUUGCGCAUGGCCAUGCUCUCCGUUAUUUUUCUGCGCUCUGGAUGAAGAUGGGCGUCGAAGCGCCGACGCCAGACUGCGCCAUGCCCUCGAGUAACCGGAAUGACGAUUCCGUGCCCUUGGUGCGGCUGGAGCAAUUCCGGUACCUGCAGGACAACCCCAACUUCUUGCUAGACGCAGGUGGCAUCGGUGUGUUGUCGUACGCACACCACAAUAUUGACGAGCCAGCUCUAGCUCUCGCUGGCGCUUUCGUUUGCCCCCCACAGGAGGAAUCACAGCACGACGGGUAA